AAAGAAUACGACGUCGCUCGUUCCUCUUGUCCAGACAAAAAAAAAAAACAAAAAAAUGAAAGGCGAAGCAGAGCAUUAGACUUCAGAGCAGGCACUGGAGCAGUGAAACGGGGUGUCCGACACGUAAAAACUUCCUGUUCCUUUCAAAUUAUCUAACUUCUUGAACCCAUUUUUCCUUUUCUCUCACUUCAACUUUUCUAUUCUCUUCUCUGUUGUAUGACAUUCACUGUUUUUCUUUUCCACCUUCAUUUCAAGAAUCAAAUGGAAACGGUAACGAUGUCAACUCCGGAUAUUGCUGAAGUGGAUCAGUUCAGAUGUCGUGUUGAUGAAAUCUUUCAAAAGGUUGAUAAGCUUGAGAAAAAAGUGAACGAAGUUGAACAGUUCUACUUGAAUGCCAAUAAAAAGAAAAAGAGCAGUUCUAAAGGUAACUCCAUUCGAGAGGAACAAGACAAGGGAAGGCAUGUUCCAAGCAUUAAAAAGCAGCAGCAAGAUGCAUCCCAACGGGAAUCAGCUGCUGCAAAGCGAAUGCAAGAGCUUAUGCGCCAGUUUGGAACAAUAUUGCGUCAGAUCUCACAGCACAAGUGGGCAUGGCCGUUUAUGCAACCGGUAGAUGUCAAAGGUCUUGGUUUACAUGACUAUUACAAGGUUAUUGAAAAGCCAAUGGACCUUGGUACAAUAAAAAACCAAAUGGAGGCUAAGGAUGGUACUGGAUAUAAAAAUGUUCGAGCUAUAUGUGCUGAUGUAAGAUUGGUUUUUGAUAAUGCAAUGAAAUACAACGAGGAAGGAAGUGAUGUUCAUCUAAUGGCCAAAACUUUGCUGGAAAAAUUUGAGGAGAAGUGGCAGCUUCUUCUUCCCAAAGUUACCGAAGAGGAGAAAAGACGUGAAGAGGAGGAGGCAGAAGCACAGUUAAAUAUGCAGCUUGUACGAGAGGCUUCUCAUGCCAAAAAGGUUCAGGCAAUAUCUAAUGAGCUUUAUGAGGUUGAUACACAUCUGGAACAGCUCAGAGAAACCGUUGUUCAAAAGUGCAGUUGUUUUUUUAUUGACAGAGUUGUUAUCUCUACAUCCAUGUCUAAACAUGCCUCGGAUAUGGGUGUUGAACAUAGGAAAAUGUCAACCAAAGAUAAAAGAAAUCUGGGGGCUGCCAUAGCCAGAUUGUCUACAGAGGAUCUUAAUAAGGCAUUGGAGAUUAUUGCUCAAAGUAAUCCAGGGCUUCAAGCAAUGGCUGAAGAGGUGGAGAUCGACAUUGAUGCUCAGAGUGAAUCCACCCUAUGGAGGUUAAACUUUUUUGUAAAGGAUGUUUUCGAAGGUUGUGAUAAGAGUACGGCUGGCAACAAGAAGAAGAAACGGAAGAAAGAGAUUUGUGAUGCUAUUGCACAAACCGUCAAGAAAAAGAGUAAAAAGCCUUCCUCUUGAUCACAUCACAUUGGACGAGUGCAACAUAAGAUUCUAUCAAUGGCUAUAUUGCGUGCAUAACAAUUAACUCUUAGAAAACAUGUCUGAAACUAAAACUAAAAAAAAAAAAAAACAGUUAGGCAGUGAGACUAUCUCGGCUUCGGCUCGAUAACAGACUCUAUUGCAUUUAGCUUUAACAAUUGGACUGUUCGCCAUAAAUAUAACCAGACAUUAAUGUUGUAGGUGACUCUGAUACCUUGCAGAUUUCCCUACGAUGUAUGUAUAGAACACUAGACAAGUAUUAGAUAUGGAUGCGACAUGUCUUAAAUUAUUUGCUAUAGAUAUAACUUAAUAUUGAUGUUAUAGGUGGCUCUGAUACCUUGUAGAUCUCUCUACGAUGUAUGUAUUGGAACACUAGACGAGUAUUAUAUAUAUAUAUAUAAAUGGAAGUCAUGGUGACACAAA